UCUCUUGUCCUGCUGAGAGAACAAUUGAGCCGCACAGCUGAUUUCUUAUUGAGACUGCGACGUCGGCUUUGACUGCGGCUGCGACUGCGGCUUGGCUUGAAGUUCGUUAAGCUUGUCAUUCGUUAAAUGCUGCUCGAAGGUGGCGCACGCGUCGCGGACUGGGGGCGCGUAUUGAACUUUCUAACGUUAACAAUUGUGAUUAAUAGUUAACGAUACAUUGCAGCAGUGCUAAUAAAAAUAAAAUAAAAUGCAUGCCUCGCAUUGCUAUUGGUAGGUGAUUGCACAAAAGGCGCUGCGAUAAAUCGAUCUUUGCCUUCAAACUGUCAUUUGUGUGCAAUUGUUAUCUCAGCAAUCGGAAUCUAGCCUUUUGUUAAAACUCCAGUGCCUCAUUUCCUUCAGACUCGUUCCGUGUAUGUGUAUGUGUGUGUGUGUGUGUGUGUUGUAAAUUCAUAUGGCCUAGCAAUAAAAUGACUAAAAAUACUCGCAUGCAGAUCGUUUAUCUGUUUGGGUCUCUAGGUGCGCCACUGGCAGUUAAAUGAGCUAAUCGAUGUCAGACCAUCUAUGUAACUAUGCCUUGCAUUUUUCGCUUAGCUAAGGACGAAACCGAAUCCAAUUAGUCAAGACAUUGUAAUUGACAAGGCCCCACCGCCUACAGGGUACACCUGAGCACCUGAAACUUUUGACUGGGCACGUGCUAAACGCCAGAGCAUUGACUUGGAUAUGGAUGUCGAAACGACAACAGAGUUGGAAUCAGCAGCAGCAGCAGCAGCAGCAGCAGAUCCUGCGUCACAACAGACCACGCAGAUAACAUCAAUUGAUGGUUUCUUCAAUCGCAAACGUGGUCGUCCGCCCAAGAAUCGCUUUGUGGAGGUUUACAAGAGUGCUCAGCACUCACCACAGGCAAUCUUCACCAGCUUUAAGCUUGAGAAGCAUGAGCAGAGCACUGGAGCAGCAGCUACUGGCGCCAGCGUGGAGUUGCACGCAGUGCGGCAGACGGAGCAGCGUCUAAGAGUUGCAACUGCCACCGAUCUCACGCCUAGUCGCAGCAGCAGCCGCAGAAAAGCGCGUGCUUGGACUUUGGAAAAAAGCAAAGCAGCGGCCACACAGCCCGAGCCAGUGCAGUCUAUGUACAGCAGCUGCUCACCAGUACCGGCAGCAACUUUGGCCAGCAAGUGUCUGGAGCGAGUUUCAGUGGUGCGUGCAGCGGGCACUUUCUUUCCGGAGAACGCCAGCGCUGAUCAGCCGCAGGAUCUGAGCAUGCGCAGCAAGCAACAACAGCAGGAGCAGCCAGCGGCAACGACUGCAACAUCAACGCCGUCUGAGCCAGCAGCUGAUGCCAGCUUGAAACUUUUGCAGUUCAAGCAGCUCAUUGAUCUGUAUCAACGUCAAGUGCUGCUGCCCAGCUUCUUAGCUGCUGCCAGUCAACCCGCCGCUGCCUUGGACAUGCGGCUGCUGCUCAUCAAUGCAGCUGCAGCUGCAGCAGUUGCAACUACGCCCAUGCCGGAGCCACCGCCAGCGCCAAUCAGCGCCACACGCAGCAGCAGCAGCAGCAACAAACGCGCUCGCGAUCAGGACAUACCCACGGGCUAUUUAAAGUUUCGCUUCAAUGAGGAUUGCCGCUUUGAGCGCUGCGGCUAUCGCAAUCAUCAGUCGCACUUCCAUUGCAAUCGACGCGACUGUCAUUACAGCUUCUGCGACAAGACGCGCUUCGUGCAACACACAGCGCGGCAUGAACGCAUGGACACGCUCAUGGGCGAGGACUUUCUGCAGUUUCGCGCCAACAUGCGCUGCGGCAAGCCCAACUGCAGCUACGACACGCCCACCACAGAAGACUAUCAGAGCACUGAUGCUUUGGCUUUACUUUCUGCCGCUCCAAAGAAAACGUCGCAUUUUCAUUGCCGCAAAUGCGAUUACGUCUGCACCGACUCCAACAAGGUGGUGGCCCAUCGACGACUGCAUAUGCGGUUGGAGUACGUGCGCUCGGCAGGAUUUCGCAAGAUCGCCAGCAAUGAGUCCUGCGAUUCGCCCGCCUGUUCCUAUGCGCUGCGCCAUACGCAUUACCACUGCAUCAGCUGCGACUGCAGCGUCCUCUCGCGUGCCCAACUGGCCGCCCACAGGCAUCGCUCCCACAGUCAGUCACAGUCCAAGCCGCCGCCGGCAGCAGAGAGCGCCACAGCAACCAAAGCGGCGCUGGAGGAACUUGGCUAGGCUGCCUUUAGUUGAAAUUCAAUUUAUAAGUAGUUAAUAUGAAUAAAU